UAUCGUUAUCGUCCAAUAGUGAAGUCAGGCAGCGCUGGAUCGGUGUUCGCAGCGUGUCCAGGUUACAGGUGAACCGCCGUGUGGAAGCAUAUUGCAGAGGAGCCGCUGCUGUCGGAGGGUUCAGGACCAGGUUGAAAACAAACUGUGCACUAAUGGCUGAUACGGAGCCCAAUUUCCCCCCGCUGCCCGGGUUCGUUCCUCUGAAGCCCUGUUUCUAUCAAAACUUUGAGGAGAUUCCUGAACAGCACCGCAGCAUGUGCAGGAAAAUGUACAAACUGUGGAUGUUGAACAGCGCAACCCUUGCAGUAAAUUUUAUUGCUUGCUUUGCUUGGAUGUUUGGUGGCGGUGGAGUCACCAACUUUGGAUUGUCCAUUAUUUGGCUCCUAAUGUUUACUCCUUGCUCCUACGUGUGUUGGUUCAGGCCCAUCUACAAGGCAUUCAAGUCUGACAGCUCCUUCAACUUCAUGCUGUUUUUUUUUGUCUUCAUGGCCCAAGUUGGAAUCAGCAUCAUCCAGAGUAUCGGCAUCCCAGGAUGGGGAGUAUGCGGCUGGUUGGCGACAAUCUCCUUCUUCAGCUAUAACAUUUUCAUUGCAUUAAUCAUGCUGAUCCCUACAAUCAUGUUCACUGCUGUGGCCUCGCUGUCCUUCAUUGCGCUCACCAAGAUCCAUAAUUUCUAUCGUGGUACUGGGGCCAGCAUGUCCAAAGCUCAGGAAGAGUGGGCUACAGGAGCGUGGAAGAACCCUCAUGUCCAGGAAGCAGCCCAGCAGGCCGCCAUGGGGGCUGCUACUGGAGCCAUGCAAGAUCAGUUCUCCAGCCCACAGUACAACCAAAACCAGAUGUAACAUCAUCAAGAUAGGAGACGUCAGAGAUUCAAUGCUAAAAUUUAACA